AUGCAAGAAUGUGCCAACGGAGUUGUUAUACCUUCUGGGUAUGCUCAUAUUACAAAGAAAAUUUGUGAUGGGUUCUCAUUUAUGAAGGUUGAUGAGUGGAAGUCGUGGUACAUAAUAUAUUCCCCAUUUGUUUUGAAGCACGUAAUUCCUGCCAUCCACCUUGCCAAUUGGAUGCUUUUUGUAAAAGCAUGUUGUCUGCUAACUAGGCCGUCCAUAACUGUUGAAGAAACCACAGAAGCUCACAAGCAACUUCAAGAAUUUUGCACCAAAUGUCAGACUUUAUAUAAAAAACCAGUGGUUACUCCAAACAUGCACUUGCAUCUUCAUCUUAGUGAGUAUAUCAAUGAUUUCGACCCUGUUUAUGCGUUUUGGCUGUUUAGUUUUGAGCAUUAUAAUGGUCUGCUAAAAAACUUUGAGACAAAUCAGAAGGGUGGAUUUGAGUCAACAAUGAUGAAGCAAUUUCUUGAAAAAGCAUACAUUGGCAGCUAUAUCAGAGCCUUUUCAACCAGUCUUGACGAAUUUAUUAUUACUUUCUUACAUAACAUUUCCAACAGUCAACCUCAUUUGCCUUUGCAAUCUGAUAGCAGUGCUUUCAAUUUACCUCAGUUUGUUGAGUUUUCUUCAAACCCUUGCAAGUUAUUCUCAGGAUGGGAGCCUUUACCACCAGCAACAUUUCCAAUAAAGCUUGAGAAGAUGAUUAUAAUUCACAAUGUUUUUGCUCAUUACUCCGACCACCAUUCAAGCCAAAUCUUUAUGAACAACCAAAUUGAAAAAAUCAAGCGCAUAUCACUUCUUGGACAAGAAUAUUCCUCUGGUUCCUAUUUCCAAGCCUUUUUUCUUGAACACAAAGGCAAAGAUAUUUCAGCAUUCCCUGGCCGCAUUCUCUACCUCUUUCAACAUAUCUUGAACAUCAAUAGCAAAGAUGUUGUUCAUACAUUUGCUUUUGUAGAGUAG